CAAAACGACAAUAAAAAAAACUAACAGACUUGAGAGACUACUUGGCUUGGUUGCCUGUUCUUUUUUUCUCAAUCUUUACUCGCCUAACUGUAUUCAAAAUGGGCUGUGUGCGUAUCGAUUCGUAUUGUUCGUGACCGAUAGUGCGAUAUGUGUGAUAUUUUUUUAGCUGGGUUGUGCAGUGCAAUUUCCCAUUGCAGGCAGUACACACUGCUACAAUACGAGUGUGUUUCCUUUAAUUGUCGUUCCCUAAUCACUAUGUAAUUAUUCACACGGCUGGGCUACCGAAUGAAAUAUGUAAACAAAAGAAAAGUAACAAUCAAAUUGAUGGGCUGAAAGAGUGUAGCAUGUGCGAUAAUGUGUGGAAUCUAAUUGAGGAGAAAAAAAACAGUGAUUGAUGUGUGUGUGUUUGGUUGAGAUCAUUGUUGCCACAUUCUGUGGACAUUUACAACAUUUUUUAAUACCUGACAUUUCAAUCGUUUUCAUUCAUAAACAGUACGAAACGACUGGCUAACGGCUGAAAAAAUGGGCAAAGAAGCUGAACUUUUGGAUGCAGCUCGAAAUGGGAACAUAACAUUAAUCGAAAAAAUCCUCAGCCAAAGAGGUAAAAGGAGUGGUCCAUUGGCUAGCUUACGACGAGGUCCCGGCGCCAAUAUUCAAGACAGCGCCGGAUAUUCGGCAUUGCAUUAUUCAAGUCUGAAUGGGCAUAUUGAAUGUGUUCGAUUGCUGUUGAUGCACGAAGCCUCUGCCAAUUUACCAGAUAGUCGAGGUUCAUCGCCACUCCAUUUGGCGGCAUGGGCAGGACAUCAAGACAUUGUGAAACUAUUGCUUACUCAAUCGAAUCGACCAGCAAAUCCGAAUUUACAAACCAUUGACAAUGAAACACCGUUGCAUUGCGCUUCACAGCACGGUCACACCGGAGCACUGUGCACACUUUUAGCACACGGUGCCAAUCCGAAUAUGGUGAAUAGCCGCGGUGAGAAGCCACUCGAUUUGGCCGCACAAUAUGGUCGACUACAAGUCGUUCAAAUGCUAGUUCGUGCUCAUCCCGAGCUCAUUCAUCCGUAUAAAAAACAUUAUAAUGAUAAAAAACGCAGCAUUCACACACAUACACCACUCCAUUUGGCCAGUCGUAAUGGCCAUAAACAUGUCGUUGAGGUACUUUUAGCGGCUGGUGUUGAUGUUAAUAUUCUGACCACGACUGGAACGGCUCUGCACGAAGCGGCACUUUGUGGUAAAGACUCGGUUGUGAAAAUUCUACUUGAAUACGGCACGGAUUUAGGUGUGACCGAUAGCGAAGGACGAACUGCACUUGACCUAUUGAAACAAUUUCCACCGCAUGUUACUCGAGGAAUUGUAUCAGUCAUUAACAAUUACCAAAAUUCAUUGGCAUUGAGCAAUAGCGAGCAGGAAGACAUUUUAAAAGUGUCGCGAAAUAUACCAUCUCGUGAAAGUUAUUAUGACGAUCAGUCAUAUCAUUCAAGGGGUACCCGAGAUAGUCAUGCAUGGAGCUCAUACAGCAACGACGCAAGUAGCAUGUUGGAGAGUCCUUCGUCGUCAGUAGGUAGUUUGGAUCCGGCAUCGCCUCGAAUGCGUGCGGGUGGUGAUAACAACGGUGGAUUCUAUGUGACAAUGACGCCACUAAAUAGUAAUUCAAAAGUAUCGCCGACACCGCCAAAGAAGCCGCCGCGUCGAAAUUUAUCGAUUUCACCGAGCACAUCAAAAUCCAUCGUAUCAGCACGAAGUAAUAUGAGCGGUAGUAGUAGUCAAACGUCACCGUAUGAGUAUCUAUAUUUGGCACAAAGUGGCGACAAAAAAUCGACUAUGAAUAAAGCAGCCAGUGUGGAUCAAUGCCAAAAUUAUGUGAAAAUGAUGAGUCCAGCUGCAAAGGAGAAGCACGAAGCCGUACUUAAGCAAAUGAGUGAGCAUCUAAUGAAAUCGGCUGGCAAUAUGGACGAAGAUGGAGACUCAAUGCUAGCCGCACCGCUUCGAUCAUACAAUCCAAAUCGAAAACUGAGACGCAUCCGUGAUAAUUAUGACUAUAGUCAAAAUGGGUCACGUCACAGUUACGGCAACAACAGUAGCCACAAUGAUAACGACAACACUCCAAUGUCACCGUCUAACUAUAGACAACCUCCGACGCCCGAUCAUCCACCGCCAAACGCAAAAACAGCUGAACGAGUCAUUCUCGACCGCAUACGGCCACUAAGUCAGGAAUAUCGACGAUCGAUGGCCAUGCUGGAGUAUAUUCGUCACUCACAAAACGGAACGGCCACUUUCGGUGGAUAUGAAAAUCGGCACAGAAUGAAUAGUGAAAAGCGUGAGAAACGUCAAAGUGCACCGCAGCCAAUGAAACAAAUGUCGAAUCGUCAUCAUCAUCAUCGUCAAUCGUAUCAGGAGAAUGUGGUGCCACCGCCGCAGAUGUACUCAAGCUCAAGCCGAUCACGGCAUCGAAUCGCAAAUAAUCGUGACAGUAGUUUAUCACCAUGCUCAUCCGAUGUCAUAAUGUCAUUAAAUGCAUCUAGUGGAUCGCUUAGUUCAUCAUCUGAUCGUAGUGCAUCGACCGAUUGUGUUGAAUAUGUUACAGACGUUCCGUUUGCUGGCUUAUUCAAGGGAUCGACCAUGACUUUAGAUAAUCCGAAUUUAAUUACUUACGGCACGGGUAAUUCCAAUUCGGAUUACAAGUACUAUCAAUCGAUGGCAUCCGAACAACAACAGCAACAACAAUAUAAUAAAUCCUAUCGAUCACCAGCCAACAACAAUCAACCGUCGAAACGGCAACACCAAGUACCCGAAGUGCAAUCACAAAGAUCAUCGUUACAAUCUCAUCAGAAUUUGCCAAAGCCAAUCACACAAUAUCAUCAUCGGCCCGAACGGCCCAAAACAUUAGACACGCAACCAACAUCACAUGCUGCACUCAAAUCCAAUGUGUUCAAUUCGUCGUUGUCAUCGUCGCCGGUGAAUUGUUCAAAUCAAGCCAAAACACCAUUGUCCGAAGAUGAAUUGCGGUCGGAGGAGAAAAGCGGACGGAAUAGUGAUAGUUCACGAUUGUCAGUGCCAAAUGCGAUCGUUUCAGCGCAGAAGCUUAGCAGCGGCAGCAGUGAUAAGAGUGUGCCGUUCGAUGAGCAAGAAGAAUGGAAAAAGAUUUCCGAAAUUAUGGCCAAUUUUGGCACUGAUUCGGAUCUCCUCCAAGAUUCGAGCACAAUAAACAAUUCGAAUCGACGACGAGACUAUCAGAAUCGUGGUGAAAAUGGGCGUAGCAAUAGCAUAGCCGGGUUUACAUGUACCGAAAUUGAUCGACAUCGCAACGCGAUGAAAAGCACGGAAUCGGUGAAUAGCAAUGCGCAACGACGAUCGGGAUCACAAUCACCGCACGGUCAACUCAUGAACUUCCUGUACGACAACCAAUUGGACGAAUUGAGCAAUAUUCUGUACGACAAUGGAUACGAUGAUAUCGAUUUUAUCAAAGGCAUUCUGGACGAUAGUGAUCUUGAAGUGAUGGAUAUUAAACCUGAACUACGAAAAAAACUAUUGGCAGCUAUUGAAAAUGAUCUACAGAAACCGGCACGAGCCAUCACCUCAUUCGAUAAAGCGAUCGUCGAUAAUAAAUCCACUGCGUACCAUUCGAUGAACACAAACCACGAUAAACUACCCAAUUCAACGGAUUCCGGCAUCAAUUUGAAUCACAACAAUAACAGUUACAGCACAAUUCCAAAGCAAGCGAAAGGAUUGAACAGUGAUGAUGCCAAUGGAACACUCAGCGUCAAUGAUUGGCUCGUUAGCAUUCGGCUAAUGCAAUAUGCAGAAGUUUUUAGAAAACAUUUGUACACUGAUAUGGAGCGCAUUAGUCGCAUUUGGGAAAUCGAACUUCAGGCGGUGCUGGAAAUCAACAAAACUGGACACCGAAAGCGAAUACUGUAUUCCGUUGGUGCCACACCACCCAAAAAUAUCAAGAAAUCACUUGAAAAACUCACCAAAUCGACGAAUGAUGUAGCGAAUAAGACGAGCUCCUCCCAACGAUCGUCGCUGUCGAUAUCGUCGCAUGACAGCAAAGAAGGUGUUGUUGAGAAUCGACCAAACCACCGGAAAAAUCGUCAAGCACCAAAACCACCGACGCAACAACCAAAAUCCGUUGACGAAAAUAAUCUCAAUAAUUUGGUUGAAACAACAUCAAAUCUUGAAAUUCGAGCACCCUCCGAAUUGCUGUUGGGCUUCCCAACCGGACUACGUCAACAGUGGCGACACUCGGCUGAGGUUCUUAUCGCUAGCGCCGUAAAAUAUGAAGUGAAUUACCUUGGAUCAACGGUGAUAAAAGAGUUACGUGGCACGGAAUCGACCAAAAAAUCGAUUCAAAAGCUGAAGAAGAACGAAAAAAUCAUGGGAGUGAAUCCGAUCGACAAUUCAAUCGGAUUCCCAGGCAAAACACAUCACAAUACCAAACGAGCUGUUUUCAUUUUGAUUUCAUAUCGUGGCGUUCAAUUUGUUGAUCCACAGACUCAGGGUACAAUUUGUGAGCACGAGAUACGGAAUAUAAACUGUGCAUGUCAGGAUGCGGAUGAUUUGUCACAUUUUGCGUACAUCACAAAGGACUCUGACAAUAAUACACACUACUGUCAUGUGUUUAAUGUCGUUAGCAUGGAUUUAGCCACCGAAAUCAUUUUAACAUUGGGCCAAGCGUUCGAAGUGGCCUAUCAGAUAGCGCUUAGAAAAUCAACGCCAACCACACCGAUUCGAAGUCCGGUGAACAGUAGCAAUUCACUUGUGAAACCUUAAACACACACAUAUGCGACCGAAACAUCUAACCGUAGAUCUAAACUAGACUUUUUAAUCAAAUCAAAAGAGAAAAAAAAACCACAAACAAACACAUUAUCAUUAAACUAAAUGGGAAGAAAAGUCAUAGACUCAACAGAGUAAAAUAAUUAGUCAAAUGAAUUGUUUCUUGUCUUUUGUGCGUAAGUUGAAAUUGUUGUAUUAGUUACGACGCAUGAAGAGAGAUAUGGAUGGGAGGCAGCAAGCGGUGAAUGAUGAUUGAAAACGAAUGAUUGAAACGAUGCAAAAGCCCCACCAUCGAAAAAAAGGAAAGUUGAAACUGACUCAAAUUGCUGAUCUGAAAUAAAAAAAAAUAUUCGUUGGGCGGGUGUUUUGCAUGGUUUCGAUUGUGUUUAACAAACUCUAUUCAAUUUCGAAUAAUUUCGACCAACUAUUUAAUCAUAGAUGAAAUACAAAAUGAAUUGAAGAAACAUUCAUAGCUUUAUACGAAACGGAUGACAUGUAAACUAUGCGUGAAAUAGAAAAAGGCAACGUUUUGUUUUUGUUCAAAUAA